CAGUGGAGGAGCAGGAGGAGGACAGUGAAUGUAAAUUGGGAAUAGCUGCAGGAAGUUUGUGUAAAAUGAGUGAUUUUAACAUUUUUCCUGUGAAUAUUGAUCAGAGAUAGGUUUCCCAGAUAUAUUAAGGGACCGGUCUUUAAAGUUUAGAUCUUAAAUAAAAUCACAAUUUAUUAUAGUUUUCUUCACAGAAAUGGACAAACAGCUGAGAUAUAGGCCCACUUAUUUUUAAAGUUUUCUUACACCCCUAAAAAAAAUCAAUUAAUCAUUAAGCUAAUUAAUAAUGGAUAGUAUCCUUUAAAAACACAACUAAAAUGGGAGCUACUGAUUAAAUCCCCUCUCAGAUUACUAUGGGACCCGGUGAGAGCCUGUCAGGGACCCUGGAGGUCUUAAUUUACUAUUAUUCUAAAAUCCACUUUGCAUUAUAGAAGGCUGCAUUCAUUAUAAAUCACAAUUAACACAUUAAGAUCUUUACUAUUUGUUAAAUCCCCUGUAAUACUGACAUUAAUGUAGCAGCAUUAUAGUCUCCCACUGAACCGAGACAACACACACAUCCAAUUCCAGUGAUUUUCCAACCUAUGCUGUUUGCAGUGCAGCAGCGCUAAUUGGAUCUAAUUAACGUGUCUCGCGUUUCACCAGAUGAGGGCGCCAGUGUAUAAUCAUCCCCUGCGAGCAGCAUCCUUGUGUAAUCCGGACGCUGAUGCCGGUGCACCGUUGCGUGCUGCAGCUCCACACAAUGCCGCGAUUAACCAGUGCAUUGAUGCAGCUGGUCUUUCUACUGUCGCCGGUAACAUUUCAUACAAAGUGCUUUAUAGAUGAAGCGAGGGCAGAUUGGGAGCGCAGUGGUCGCUGCGGCCUGUACGGCGCAGGCUUUAUAGUGGGGGAGAAAAUCCACAUGGGUCGCUCCGACAAGACACACUGCCUACAAUCAGGAGGCAUUGCAACAUGAGUGUGUGGUUGCAGCUGCUGCCUUUAAACUGGAUUUCACAGCCAAAAUGAAUCAGACCCCCAAGACAAAGAGAUCCCAUAGAAGUAUAAAUGGCUGCAUAUAUAUAACGGAGACACCAUGUGGAUGAGACGCCAGCUCGCUUUUAAUUGAGUGAUAACACGCGCCUGCUCCUAUACACUAAAAUAUAUCCCCGUGUGUUUUUGUGUGGCUAUAAAUACAUGUAGAUGAAGUGGAUGAGUGGAUUUUCUGGAUAAAAGUGUGCGCACAGUGGCUCCGCUCCUCACUUGUGCGCCUCAUUAUUGCCGCGUCCAGGGCUCAGCGCGUGUAAUGGGAAGCACUACCUCCCUCCUUCAUGCGUAAAUUAUGUAGGGCAGGACGGGAAUGCUGUGCUACCUCCAUUUGAGAAAACCCGGCCGGUGAAUGUGUGAGGGGGGGGAGGAAAAAAAGGAAAAAGAAAUCACAAAAGCCAACCUUGUCUUCGAGCAGCGUUUGACUGAAGCGCAGUAGCGCAUCACGACUUGUCUAUUGUGAAGCCAAGGAGAAGAAAAGAUGGACAUCACGGAUCAAGGAGCUCAAAUGGAGCCGCUCUUACCAACGGAACAAAGUUCCCAAGAAAACAAAGAUGUGAGAACCGAUGAGGAGGCAGUGGUGGACCGCGGGGGCACUCGCUCCAUGCUCAACACCAACUUUGAGAAGGAAGAACUAGAAGGUCACCGCACUCUCUACAUUGGGGUUCACGUUCCCCUGGGCAGGAGGUCGCACAGACGUCACCGUCACCACGGACACAGACACAGGAAGAGGUCCAAGGAGAGGGACUCGUCAGCUGAUGAUGGAAGAGAAUCCCCCUCACACACAGACACACCAGCUCAGAGGGUGCAGUUUCUUUUGGGGACAGAGGAUGGCGACGAGGAACACAUACCCCACGCCCUGUUCACCGAGCUGGACGAAAUCUGCCUCAGGGAGGGCGAGGACGCCGAAUGGAAAGAGACAGCCAGGUGGCUUAAGUUUGAGGAGGAUGUUGAGGAUGGUGGUGAACGGUGGAGUAAACCCUACGUAGCCACCCUGUCUCUACACAGUCUUUUCGAGCUUCGCAGCUGCAUCAUGAAUGGCACCGUGAUGCUGGACAUGAGGGCCAACUCGCUGGAGGAGAUUGCAGACAUGGUUCUGGAUCAGCAUGAGGCGUCGGGCCCUGUGGGACAGGAUGCCAGGAAGAGGAUCCGUGAGGCCCUGCUCAAACAGCACCACCACCAAAACCACAAGAAACUGGCAAACCGCAUACCUAUUGUACGCUCCUUUGCUGAUAUUGGCAAGAAGCAGUCUGAACCUCAUUCCAUGGACAAGAAUGGCCAAACAGUCUCACCUCAGUCCCAGCCAGCUAACAAUGAGGGCAAACAGGACGUCAGCCGAGAAAACAGUGCCGUGGACUUCAGCAAGAUUGACCUCCACUUCAUGAAGAAGAUCCCUCCUGGUGCUGAGGCAUCCAACGUGCUGGUGGGGGAGCUGGAAUUCCUAGACCGCCCUGUGGUGGCCUUCAUCCGCCUGGCUCCUGCUGUGCUGCUCAACGGCCUGGCUGAGGUUCCCAUCACCACCAGGUUUCUUUUCAUUCUGCUUGGCCCUCUGGGAAAAGGUCCACAGUAUCAUGAGAUUGGCCGGUCUAUUGCUACCCUGAUGACUGAUGAGAUCUUCCACGAUGUUGCGUACAAGGCCAAAGACAGGAAUGACCUGGUGGCGGGCAUCGAUGAGUUUCUGGACCAGGUGACAGUGUUACCUCCUGGAGAGUGGGACCCCUCCAUCAGAAUAGAGCCUCCCAAAAAUGUGCCCUCUCAGGAAAAGCGGAAGAUUCCCCCUGUUCCCAACGGAGUGACAGAUCUUGGAGAGUCGGAGGAACACGGAGGGCACGGUGGCCCUGAGCUCCAGCGCACUGGGAUCCUCUUCCUCUACUGCGCCUGCAUGUCACCUGUCAUCACCUUCGGAGGACUCCUGGGCGAGGCAACAGAGGGACGCGUGAGUGCUAUUGAGUCCCUGUUUGGGGCCUCCAUGACUGGGAUAGCCUACUCUCUUUUUGCCGGUCAGCCCCUCACCAUCCUGGGCAGCACGGGGCCUGUUCUUGUCUUUGAGAAAAUCCUCUUCAAGUUCUGCAAGGAGUAUGGCCUCUCCUACCUCUCCCUGAGGGCCUGUAUUGGCCUGUGGACGGCCUUCUUCUGCCUGCUGCUGGUGGCCACUGAUGCCAGCUCGCUCGUCUGUUACAUUACACGCUUCACUGAGGAAGCUUUUGCUGCGCUGAUUUGCAUCAUCUUCAUCUAUGAGGCCCUGGAGAAGCUGAUCCACCUGGGGGUGCACUACCCCAUCAAUAAAAACAACAACCUUCAGAAACUCACACAGUACUCGUGUGCAUGUGUGGAGCCCCGGGACCCCAGCAAUGAGACUCUGCAGUACUGGGAGGAGAGAAACAUCACAGCUUCCCAGGUCAACUGGACCAUGCUGGAGGUCAACGAGUGCGAGAUGUUUCACGGGGAGUUUGAGGGCAGCGCCUGUGGCCCCCACGGCCCCUACAUCCCUGACGUCCUCUUCUGGUGCGUGGUCCUCUUCUUCUCCACCGUCUUCAUGUCCGCCUUCCUCAAGGAGUUCAAGACGAGCCGCUACUUCCCCACCAAGGUGCGGGGCAUCAUCAGUGACUUUGCCGUCUUCAUCACUAUCCUCACUAUGGUCUUUGUAGAUUAUGCCUUGGGGAUCCCCUCACCUAAAUUACAGGUCCCUAGCAAGUUCAAACCAACCAGGGAUGAUCGUGGCUGGCUUAUAAACCCUGUGGGACCCAACCCCUGGUGGACCACCAUCAUCACCUUCCUCCCUGCUCUGCUCUGCACCAUCCUCAUCUUCAUGGACCAACAGAUCACAGCCGUCAUUAUUAACAGGAAGGAGCACAAACUGAAGAAAGGCUGUGGCUACCACCUGGACCUGUUUGUGGUGGGGGUGAUGCUGGGCGUAUGCUCGGUGAUGGGCCUGCCGUGGUUCGUGGCAGCCACCGUGCUCUCCAUCUCCCACGUGAACAGCCUGAAGCUGGAGUCUGAGUGCUCGGCCCCUGGAGAGCAGCCCAAGUUCCUGGGCAUCCGAGAGCAGCGCUUCACCGGCCUUAUGAUCUUCACCCUGAUGGGCUGCUCCGUCUUCAUGACCUCUGUGCUGAAGUUUAUCCCCAUGCCUGUGCUGUACGGAGUCUUUCUGUACAUGGGAGCUUCCUCACUCAGAGGCAUUCAGUUCUUCGACCGUCUCAGGCUGUUCAGCAUGCCGGCCAAACAUCAGCCAGACUUCAUCUACCUUCGUCACGUCCCACUGAGGAAGGUGCACCUCUUCACCAUCGUCCAGCUGAGCUGCUUGAUCCUGCUCUGGGUCAUCAAGACCUCCAAGGCUGCCAUCGUCUUCCCCAUGAUGGUCUUGGCCCUGGUGUUCAUUCGUAAGCUGCUGGACUUCAUGUUCACCAAGAGAGAGCUGAGCUGGCUGGAUGACCUGAUGCCGGAGUGGAAGAAGAAGAAACUGGAAGAUGCUGAACAAGAGGAGGAGCACAGUAUUAUUGCAGAGGAAGAAGGCAUUGUACAAGUGCCAAUGGAGGAAAACUUAAAGAGUGACCCAGCCACAGUGAACAUCACUGAUGAAAUGUCCAAAGGAUCUUUCGGGAAUGUGUGGAAGAGUGUCAACCCUACUGAGACCACUAAGAAGGAACCAAGCGCUAAAAGCUCCCCUUCCUAACCUCUCAGAAGCUGAUAUCCCAAAGUUGUUCCAGUGGCAGCGAAAAGCGACACAAACGCCGGAGGCAUGAGAAGAGCUUGGACAGGGAGACAAGUUUGUGAUGACACAUACUGGUGGUGCCACUGUGCUGUCAAUCAGUAGAUCAAAAAAUCAAAAAAAACAAAACACACAAAAAACAAUACCGUGCCACACUCAACCACCUUUGUACUGUGCUACACUGUGUUUUUGUCAUGUAAGUCUGUGUGCAAGUUGUGUAAAACGAAGAAUAAUUUGUUAGAAACAGUAUUAACACGAGGAACCGAGACACAUUUGUGUUCUUUUUCUAUGUAUAUCUAUGUUUUGGUGAUACCAGCAGCAGAAGGAAGCCAGAAUUAUAUGACACCUACAGUAACUGCUGUGUCAAUGGGCCAAUUAAGUAAAAAUUUUAAACAUUUUUAAAUAUUCUUUAUUUGUAUUUUGUAUGUUUUUAUAUUUUUCCAAUAACAACAAUUGCGAGUUGUCCUUUUAAAAACCUGCCACAUCAAACUGCAAGCAUGUGGAUUUGUGUGCAGUAUUUAAUGCCGCUAUUAACUUGAUGCACCACACAAUAGAAAACCUAAAGAGUAGAUAUUUGCCAAUAGUAAUCUAUUUCACUGGUAUCUUAAAGAGUUGGCUCUAUAGCGAAUCUAGUAAUUUUUUGAAAGUAUUAAUUAUACAUUUUCUAUAUUCUGUAUAUCUAAAUGUUUUGUGACAGUGACAGCUCAUAUCACUCCAGAGUCUUCUCCAUUGCAAUUUUACAAAUUAAUGUCUCUCUUCCAGUGAAGCAUUUCCCCAAACGAGUUAAAGGAGUAGUUUGACAUUCUGGGAAAUACAGUUAUGCCUUUUUUUGCUGAGAGUUAGACAAGAAGAUCGAUACCACUCUCAUGCCUGUAAGCUAGAGCCAGCAGCCAGCUAGCUUAGCUUAGCACAAAGACUAAAAAUGGUGAAACGGCUAGCCUGGCUGUUUCCAAAGUAACUAAACCUGCCAAACGCUCACUAAUUAACACUUUUUAUCUAGUUUGUAUAAGACAGAAUUGUAAGAACAGCUAGCGAUAGCUUCGUAUUUAGCGCACGGAAAUCUAACCCUAACUCCUGGCAAGAAAGUAAAUAAGCACAUUUCCCAGAAUACACUAUUCCUUUGACGGCAGUAUACUUUUGGGGCAGCUUAUUGGAAAUUUUCAUUUUCAAGCUAGCAUGGCGGCAUAGUUCGGGAACUUUCAGUAUCUCCGGCUACAUGGCCUUGGCUUAUUAAAAACAUUCGUCAAAUUUGCAAAUGCUGAACUUUAGGGUGACUGUACAGAAAGCUUUAUGUUUUUCAUGUUCAUACUCUUCGUCAUCUUGUCAGUAAGUGUCAUCCAUGGACAUUUGAUCUCCUAUCCAAAUGACCCUCAAUGUGUUAGCAUCUGAAGCUAAUUGUUUU